AUGCUGGCUGCUACUGCCCUCGCGUCAGUCGCUGCUCUUCUAGUGGCCUCGAUCCCGAGCGCCGAUGCCCACGGCUACAUGCUCAUCCCCGAGUCGCAGUUCAAGGGCUCUGCUACCUCGGCCUGGAUCGUGCAGAUCGACCCGGUCUGGACGAGCAACGACUGGGAUGGCAACAACGCUGGAAGCGUGGACGCGUUUAAGGCUCUGAAGACGGCCAACAACUUCAAGGACCUCAAGACCCUCAUGGACGACACUUCGGUGUACGGCGCUGACUGCGGUUUCACGGACCCGAACGGCACGCCGCAGCCCAUUCCGACGGACGGCAAGGCCACUUUCUCGCGUGCUAUUGUUCACGUGGGUCCGUGUGAGAUCUGGCUGGACGACAAGAAGGUGCUGUACGAGGAUGAUUGCUUCAGCAAGUACGGCAACGAGAACCAGGACAUCAAGUCGGUCUUCCCGGUGGACUACUCAUCAUGCGACAACGGUGGCUGCAAGGAGAUGCGCUUCUACUGGUUGGCGUUCCAGGGUGUCGAUGGCAAGACCGUGUGGCAGUCCUACAAGGAUUGCAUUCCCCUUCAGGGCACGGGAGGUGGCGGCGGCGGUUCGUCGACUUCGCAGACGCAGUCUUCAUCGACGGGCGACUCGAACAGCCCUUCCAGCGGCCACUCUAACACCCCGCCGAGCAGCGACUCCAACAGCCCCUCGAGCGGUGACUCGAACACCCCGUCCAGCGGCGAAUCGACUACCCCGGCGCCUGAGUCGAACGACUCCACCACGACUCAGGGUUCGUCAGCGGAGACCCCAUCUGUGGCGACUCCAUCUGUGGAGACCCCUGAGGUUACCCCCGCCCCGUCGUCCAAGUGCAACGGCCGCAAGCGCCGCAACUAA